AUGGCGAAAAUAGGGAUGACAACAUACCUGAUGCUGGUGAUGUGCACAAGCAUGAUAUUCUCCACUGCCUCGGCGCAAUGCCAAGGCGACUUCCAAGGCCUCAUCCAGCAAUGCUCCAGAUUCGUCCAGCGACCGGGCCCUCAACAGGCCCCGUCUCAGGGCUGUUGCAACGUCAUUAGGGACGUCGAUCUGCCAUGCAUCUGCCAGCAUGUCAAUAGCCAAGUUGAGAAGAUAAUCAGCAUGCAAAAAGCAGCUUUUGUUUCUGCAUCCUGUGGCAAGCCACCAGCUCGUGGAACCAAAUGUGGAAGCUAUACUGUUCCAUGA